AUGCAGAAGAAGUUGACGGCGAUCCUGAACAAGCACCGUGAGGCAGCCACACAGGAUCUCAAGCAGCAGCUCAGCCAGCAGAGCUCGGGCAGCGGUAGGAAGCCGUUGCCUCCGCCAAAGCCAAGCAAGAGAAAAAAGCCCGCUGAGGAGGAGGAGCCCUCACGCGGCCGUGUUGUGAAGCCGACGGUGAGCAAGAGGAGCAAGUUCCCGGCCAUCCGGGACAAAGACCCGCCGCAGGACGAGGAGGAGGAGGAACGAGAGGAGUGUGAUGAGAGCAAGACCAAAGGCGAGGGCGAUGGUGAGUUCUUGGGCGAGGCAGAUGUGCCGAGCCCCCCGGGCAGCGAGUUUGAGGACCUCGAUGACACGGCCAACUCAGAAGAGGUUGAGGCCUUCCUGCAGGAGAGCGACGAGGACAAUGACGUCUUCGCGGAAGGGUUGGCUGUGGAGAAGAAAAGCAAAGGUGGUGAGGACAAGGCAAAGGCCAUCCCGACAAAGGCCCAGGUGAUCAUGGACAAGCUGGACCAAGACCUUUCCAACUGCAUCCCCAAAGACCUCACGGAGCCAUCCUGUUGCACGUAUACAGUUGCUGCUUUCGUGUUCGGGUCCGACUUGGGAAACUGGGUGCGGCUUCUCCACUGCGAGGGGCUGCUACGGGUGGAUGAUGUAAAACUUGUUGUGUCGAACCUGCCAGGUACAGUAUCGGCCAGCCUCGGCCCGGGCAAGGUUUAUUACAACAAGCUCUCCAUCAAAGCCAAAGCCGAGUUGGACCCAUGGGCCCAGCGGGUUGCAAGCGGGGCCUUCGUGACCCCAAGCCGCAGGCCGACAG